AGGAAGAAAAGUUCAUAAAGGUAAAAUAGUUCGAGAAGAAAGUGGAACGAAAGGUGGCUAUUAUUUUCAAAUGCAUCGGCCACAAAACGUCGAUAGAGACGAAAUAGCCGUCGAGAAGCCAAGGAUGUCACGUGAAUCCCUCCACGGAAGAUAGGACACGUUUCAUAAAGUUUCAUGCUCGGUACUAGGAGCAAGAGGAAAAAGUUUCUUCCACUUCGGUGAACCGAUAUGCUCGACGACACGGCCGUAGGAAGUCGAAAACCGAUACGAUAGAGAAGGGAAAGCGAUCUCUGAUAAGAGAAAAAAAAUAUAGCAAGAUAACUCGAAGAAUGUGCAAGCAUAAUUUACGGAACCAUAUGAAUUAUCCACGUCGUAAAUAACUAGGUCGGACAUCUCACCAGAUGGAUGAAGACGACAACGCCAAAGGAACGUUAGAACAACGAUAGGACGUUACCGCUUGCGGCUGCAGCUGCGGCGUCGAUCGCUGCAUCUGCAGCUGCGGCGGCAGCGGUAGUGGUAGUGGCGUAGUAAUUAGGCGGCAUAAUGAUGCAAAACACCGGCGACUAUUACCAAAGGGCACCGAGAUGUUGUCCCGGACGAAACGGCGGGAACACCGAUUCCCUGAGAAUCAGCAGUUCGGUACGAGGUGCUGAAUUGCUUUGUUGUUGCUGUAGUUGCAGCACGUCCACUUCAACGAACACACCAGGAUUACUAGCCAGCCUUGGUGUUUGCGUUCUUGUACUUGGUUACACCCUUCUUGGUGCGUUCGCUUUUAUGGCACUAGAGGGUGGACUUAAAUCGGAGUCUUUGAUAAAUGUCUCAUCGAAAAUUGUAAAAAGUGAGGAAGGAUCGUACAGUCUUUCAACGUUUGAGGACGAAAAUGCUGCUACUGAGUUAAGGGCAAAGACUGUCGAAAGGCUUUGGAGUAUCACUGAAGAUUUGAAUAUUCUUUAUAAGGAGAAUUGGACUCGACUAGCAGCAAAAGAAAUUCAAGAAUUUCAAGAUAAUCUUUCGCGUAGAUUGGGGCGUACGUCAACACCCUUUGAACCAACUCAUCAAUCGCGAAAUAACGAAGUGGAUAAACGACGAUGGACUUUCAGUGGCAGUCUGCUUUAUUCUCUAACACUCAUUACUACCAUAGGAUAUGGUAAUGUAACUCCGCGUACAGUCUGGGGUCGCCUAAUUACCAUAAUCUACGCUUUAGCUGGUAUACCUCUUAUGUUGGUUUAUCUAAGCACCGUGGGCGACGUUCUUGCUAGAAGUUUCCGACGUUUGUACGGUCGCAUGUGCAUUCCACGAAAUUGCAUUAAAAAACAACAACCGCCGCCGCCUCCGCCGCCAGUAGGUGGUAUCAUGAGCAAGUCAUACCGUUAUGAUAAUCAUAUAGAAACAAAGGCGGGAAAUUAUUAUUCAACUAGUCGCGAUAGUUCUUGCGACGAUCUUGGAACACGAGGUACGAACAGUGCCAUAUUACUCGAUUGUGGUAGCGAAGGCCUCUUGCAUGCUACCACUAGUUCAACGACUGCUCUUCAGGAUACAAUGGCAGGCAAUGGUAAACGCCAUUUGCAACCGUGUUCGUUAUCACCUUCCUCGAGUUCAUCACCAGCGUAUAUGAUGGAAACGUAUUCUGUUAGAAUACCCAUUAGUUUGUGCCUGGUAAUAAUGCUGUUAUAUAUAUGCGGUGGUGCAGUGAUGUUCAAUCACCUGGAGGGUUGGAGUCUUCUAGAAGGUGGAUAUUUCUGCUUCACGAGUCUCGGCACCAUUGGAUUUGGAGAUCUGAUGCCGACCGGACGCAACGCCCCAUCCACUACCCUGGAAGAACUCAGCCUGUGUGCCUGCUCGUUGUAUAUACUCGCUGGAAUGGGCCUGAUAGCCAUGUGCUUCAACCUCGUCCAGGAGGAGGUGGUACGCGUGGUCAGGGUCUUCGGUAGAACCUGUGGCAUGUCAUCGGGUGUGGUGGUCGGCCCUAUUGGUGGUACAGGGACCGCACCUGGAAUCAAAGCCGAACUCGACGAUGGAGGAGGUACCAGUGAUUCAAGAUUGUCAGAACAAGAAGAAGAAGCGAUCGCCAUGUCCACGGUGCCGUCAUCUUGACAACACCAGGCCAGGAUCCCUAGUGACGGGAAACUCCUGGCCCACCCGUCGAGUACUGCCAUGAAAUUGUCACCCGGUCAUCAUUCUUUGCCACGUAAAAAGUCAUCAGCCGACAAAAAUCUCUCAGCAUCUCAGAUAUUUCAACGUGGUCAUCCAACGAGACGUAGCUGUUUAUCGCCACAAUAUCAUCAUCAACAUCAUCACCAACAUCGCCAACAAGAAAGUUCACUACAUUUUGAAUAUUUUGUACCAAGGAGUGUUAGCGAAUUUAAUUUAGCUGCUACUGUGGUUACCGACAUCGCAGUAGCACCUUUACCUCCAACAUCAGCACUACGACCCUCUUCAGUAAUCACGCCACCAGUUUCUGGCCUUAUAACCAACACAUCAGCAACUAAUCAAGGACGUCUAUUGGAUGCUUCCAAUACUACAACAAGAAGUCGAGAAAAAAUGGUUACGUUUGAGGACGAAGGUGUUAAUUCUGCUGGAUCAGCAUCUAAUAGAAAAAAUUUAUCCAGCAUUGAUAAUACUUUCAUGUGAUGAAUGAAAAGAAUGUGGAAAAGGAUAAAAAAACGUGAAACUAUUAAUGUGAAGGAUAUUGACUUUAAGUGAGAUUACAAAUUCGUUAUAUCUAAAAAAGAAAAAAGAAAAAAGAAAAUAAAUAAAAUAAAUGGUUUGAGAUAUCUAUUUGGAUUAGAAAAUAUAAACAAAUUUAGCUGACAAUUGAAAAGAAAAUAAAUACGAAGCAAGAAAUAACGAAACGAUUCUAAAAAGACAAACGUUCUUUUCUAACUAACAUAUGCCAUUAUCCAAAAACAGAUUGA